UGCUUGUCACGAUUCUCCCGCAGUCGAUCGACUCGACGUUCAAUUCUAGCCAACACGUUCCUUAUUUUGUAUGCGAUUUAUCGUCGAUCGAGUCGACGUUCUAUUCUAGCAGGCCGUUUCUUUAUCUUGAUGUACGAUUUCCCGUCGAUUGAGUCGACGAGCGCGACAACCCCCCUGUUGCUGCAUGUAGAAGGACACUACGACAAACCAACCAGCCAACGUCCGUCAUUCGCCACUAUUCUCGUCGCCCAGCAUGAACGCCGCAGCCGCCGCCCGGGCGUCGAUGAUCCGGGAGUCCAUGUACCAGGUCCCCGUCAUCCCGCGAGCACCCGUGCCUCCGCUCCCCAACGGCCGCAACAUCGCGCCCCGCCGGGCGGGCGACAACAGCAACGACGGCUACCCGACGUACGACGAGGAGUACGGCCAGCAGUCGCCCCGGCGCCCCAUCCAGGUGGUCGACUACAUGUCGUACAAGGUCCAGUGCGAGCUCGAGCGGCAGAGGGCGGCCGCGGCGGUGGACCUGUACAAGAACAGCAACGCCAGCGGCGACUCGCUCGGCAAGCCGCCGGCCAAGUUCUACGUUGAGAUCGAGGAGGGCGGGCGCGGGCGCGUCGUGCGCAUGUUCACCGUCUUCCCCGUGCGCGACAUCAACUGGGUCGUGACCGUCAUGUUCGUCUUCGGCAGCGCCUCCUUCGUCACGAGCGCCUCGUUCGGCCUGGUCCCCGUGCUGUUCCCGGCCCUGGCCUUCCCCGAGAUCGGCACGCUCGCCGUCCCCGGCUUCCUCGCCGCCGGCUCCUUCACCUUCGCCAUCGCCGGCGUCCUCGGCAUGAUCGGCGCCUUCAACGCCAACCGCGGGACCGUCGAGGUCCAGAAGGACGGCGUGGCCACCUACCGCCCGGCCCUCAUCGGCUCCGAGAGCUGGGUGUGGGCCCCGACCAAGGAGGAGUUCGCCGCCCUGUUCAAGUCCAUCCCCUUCCCCGCCAGCCUGGUGUCGUGGAUCUCCGGUCUGUUCUUCCUGGUCGCCACCAUCUCCAACCUGCCGGGCGUCAUGGACAAGACCUUGCCCGCCUGGAAGAUCCUGGUGCCCACGCAGCAGGUCAUCGGCGGCAUCCUGCUGUUCCUCGCCAACGUCAGCGUCAUCUUUGUCAUCCAGGAAAAGUGGUACAAGCCCAAACUGACGUCCCCCGACUGGCUGGGAACGUUUCUGAAUAUCGUGGGCUCGACCGGCUUCGCCCUAAUCGGUUUUUUGACCCUAGCGGGGGACUCGAACGGACCCGGGUUCACGUACUGGUACGGAGCCAUGGCUUUUUUUAUAGGCUCCGUCAUCGGGUUAUACGGCCUGAUGGAGUUUCACCCAACGGCGUGGGCAGCUUAGACGGUGAAGUAGGAAUAUGGUUAUCUAGCGAGGAGUUUCAUUGGUGGCUUGGGGGCUUGGGGGCUUGGGGGCUUUCUUUUUUCCGCCAUAUAUAGACUAUAUACAUCUCGACCCUCUAGCCUUCAGACACGGAAUCAAGAUUGGCAUUGGAACAAGUACGAGUCCACAUUGUGUAAAUUGCCUGCAUUGUGAUAGUCCAUUUGAUUCGAUG